AACAAAAAAUAAAAGAAAGAGAGAAUAAAACCUUGCUGAAACCCUAGAGAUGGAAGAGAAAAUAGGGUUGAAAAAUGAGGUGAAGAGAGGGUGAGAAAGAGGGUAAAGUGCAAGACUUUUUGUUCUCAUAAAUGCCUUACACGUCACUCGCUAUUUCUUGCCUAUAAAUCUUGCUCUUUCCUUCCCCGAUUUUUCCCAAAUAUCUAAACAGCUUUCCCUUGCUAUUCCUUUGCUUGAAGAAAGGGGGAAAAAAAAAGAACACGUACGGACAAGAUGGGUCGAGCUCCUUGCUGUGACAAAGCCAACGUGAAGAAAGGGCCAUGGUCACCUGAAGAAGAUGCUAAGCUCAAGGCUUACAUCGAGAACUAUGGCACUGGAGGCAACUGGAUUGCUCUUCCUCAGAAAAUUGGCCUUAAGAGAUGUGGAAAGAGUUGCAGGCUGAGAUGGCUGAAUUAUUUGAGACCAAACAUUAAGCAUGGUGGAUUCUCUGAAGAAGAAGACAACAUCAUCUGCAGCCUCUAUAUAAGUAUUGGAAGCAGGUGGUCCAUAAUUGCAGCCCAACUGCCUGGAAGAACAGAUAAUGAUAUAAAAAAUUACUGGAACACCAAACUGAAAAAGAAACUACUUGGGAGGCGCAAAGAAUCUAACAGCAAUAGGUUGUGGUGCUCGAGUCAGUACCCUAGUGAGGCCAAUGGGGCAAGUGAUAAUAAAUAUUUUUCACAGGGUUUACGCACCUCAACCUUGGAACGACUACAGCUCCAUAUGAAGCUUCAAAGUCUUCAGAAUCCUUUCUCGUCCUACAACAACCCUGCUCCACGGCCUAAAAUUCAUCCCUUGCAGGAAAAGAUGAUCCAAAACAUCCAGGCCUCCAAAGGAAGUUCAAACCUUCGAGUGCAACCUCUCCUGCCAAACCCUCAAGCUGAAAAUGAACAAAGCGCUGAUGAUUUCUAUGAUCAAGCUUCUCUAGCGCAACGGCAAGAUUAUCCAAAAACCAUCAAUGCCAAGGGACUUGAAUUGGACAACUCUUUGGAUGAAAUAUCUCCAUCAGAUGGCUCAGUUCCCUUUGGCACCGGGGACAAUUUGAUGGACUCAGAAAUUAUGCCUAAGGCAGAUAGCAAUCAUCAUGGAUUAGCACAAUUAACUAAUGCGGCUCUUCAACCAGUUUCAAACUUUCAGGCUGAGCUGGAUGAGUUUCUCAAUAACAAAACAACCGGUUAUGCACCACAGGAAGACCAAAUGGCUGAUCAAUUCGAUUGCUUCAAGGAGAUAAAUGGUUCAAAGGACAACUUGAUUUGGUGGUCUAGUGAAUUUGAUGCAAAGUCAUCAUCUUCCAACUCUUGGGAUUCAAACUCUGUUCAUCUAUCCUAUGGAAUGUUUCAAAAUCAAAAGGUGACCGAAGGCCUAUGGUUGUGGGGGUGUAUGAAACGAAGCUGGAGUGGUUCUGGCGAUGUUUUGAGGGCCGUUAGGAAACCAAGAAUCCAAUGUAGCAGAAUUACUCGCCAUCAUGACAACCUUAGAGGUGCUCACCAAGAAGGGCGGGAUGGAAAAGAUGGGUUUGUUAAUAGAAUCUGA